GCAUCUUGCCGAACGCACUCACCGCGCGCGCUUCAAAUGCACAAAAUGGACCUCAGCAACGUCGUGUUCCCGCGUAAACUACUCAAAGAAUUCAUCCUUAUGUACAGAGACUCGCCCUGUCUGUGGAAACGUGAUUGUUUAUCUUACAAAAACAAGAAGAAACGACACGACGCCAUCUCCAAGCUGACUGAGUUGGUCCAACAAUACGACGGAUGCGCCACGCGUGUUCACGUAUUGAGAAAAAUCGAGAGUUUGCGCGCAUGUGUGCGUAGAGAACACAAGCGUGUCGUUGACAGCAGACGGAAUUCAAAUAGCGAAGAAAUAUACGUCCCACAGCUGUGGUAUUACGAUCUAUUUUCAUUUAUCUUCAACGAUCAUGAAAACAAUUACAAGAAGGCAGAGCCGAAUGACCAAUCAGCUGUAAGCAUUCUUUUAGUUGAAUCAGAGGAAGAACAAGAAGAGAUUUUAGGAGACGAUGAGCCUUCUUUUGAGACUCACUCUUACACAGAUUAUAGCAAUAUAGCCGUAGACAUGGACUCCGGUUCAUCCAAAGGUUAUGUUAAUUAUACUGAAGAACCAACAAAGAGUGAGAAACGACAAUGGAAGGAGGUGGAAGAUGAGUAUGACGCUAUAGGAAUAAACGUGGCAGCCAAACUAAGGAGCCUGGGACCGACCAUGAGGAUAUUAGCUGAGAAGUUGAUCAACGAUGUGUUGUUCCAAGCGCAGUUGAACGGGUUGAAUUCAACCACAACGCUUUCGACGACAGACCCGUUCAAACAGGACCAUCAUUAGAUUAAGUUAGUUGAUUAAUUAGAAGACAAAACUGCAGACGAUGAAAAUCUUUGUUAAAUGUGUUGUGGUCAGAAGAAGAGUUCGUUCCGCCAGUAAGGAGGAGAACAAGCAACGACGUUCUAAGUUUUUUUUUAAGAACGAAAAUGAUAUUUUGAAAAAUACUGUCACUAUUUGAAUCUCAAUUCCACCACUACAGCCAUACUACAAUACUACAUAACCUUUCAAUCUUUGCGGAACUUCUAUGGAAAAGAUAAAUUCUAUGAGAUUCUUUUAUAUCUUAGAGACGAGAAAGGUUCUAUGGAAGAUGGAGACGUAAUUAUGUGUAUGUAGUAAAAUGAUUCGAAGGAGGAAGGAGUGAAGACAAUAUAAAGCAUGUUGUGUGCCAGUUAUUUUAUCAUCCUGUGCUGAUAAGGUAAAUGUGCUGUAAAAUUGCUUAUAAUGUAUCUUUAUGUGAAUAACUAUA